AGAAGGGAUCUCUCCAAAGCACAAGGAGGACCCUCGGCCAAGGCAUCCGGGAGAGGCUUCUGGACUGCUUGAUCCUCUCUAGGAGUGAAUGGUUGACUUGGCUCCCUUCUGCUGCUUCUUUUCUUGGACAAAAUGUACGAGCGGCACAAGAGACGAUACAGCCUGUGCGAGAUUUCCAAAGAAGAGAGAGCUGUGGAAGUGGUGCUACUGAAGGUAGGGCAUGGCUUGUGUCUUCUUCGGCUGAGCUGCACCUCCUCCGUUCGUAUCCCUCCUUCAAGGUGUGAAGACAUUAAAGAUGCUGUUCUGGAGUCCAUUUACCAGUCCACUUGGUGUCAUUGUGUCAUAAAGAGCUGUGAAAGUGACAAUUUUCUAGAAGACAGGUUAAGUGGCGAUGGUUCGUCCACACAAGGGAUCGUUAAGGGAGGAUCUGGGAGUGACUCUGAACUUUUUCCUCUCUCCAGUGAUGGUCUGGACGAGGUGGACUUUAGAAAGCAGCCUGAAGAGGAGCAAUCAGCCGGCAGAAGUUCAACCUCCUCAGUGGACGAUACCAUAUCGCUAGAAAGGAACUCUUCCAUUGGUAGUAACCUUUCUGUUCCACGGACUCCCGGCCUCCUUGGAUCCAAGGAAAGGUACAGCCCAGAUGGCAGCUGCUUCAACAUGGGGACGAACGGAGAAGGUCAAGAUGGCAUGGCGGUGAUCUCUGGAGAACUGGACGAAUUGCUGGAUAGCGUCAUGGAGGUGUCCCCACCUUCUUCUGGCCUGCGGAACAAUUUGAGGCCGUUGUCUCCUUUCCGUCGGCAUAGCUGGGGCCCAGGGAAGAAUAGUAACAACAGUGAAGCUGAGGUCAACCACAGGAGUUACAGCUUGGAAGGUCUUUCCGGAGAGGCUGAUGAUACUACUAAGCCAUCCUCAAGUCUCGAUGUAGCAUCUAUGAACACCAAAGACCUUCGGCGGAGUCCCCUAGCAAAUGAUGAACGAGGAUCACUGGUCUCGCUCACCGAAGAGGAACAGGAAUCAGAGCUAGGAGAAAUGAGAAGCCAGUCUAAAACUGUCUUUUCUAUUGACUCUUCUUCCAGUGAUGAGGAGGAGAAGUUGGAGAGCAUCCGAUCCUUCAGCAGCUCCUUGACUCAAAGCAUCAGCGAGGAGAGUGGCAGUUUCCAGCCCCCCAGCCCCUCAAGAAAAGAUUUGGAAGGCAAAAGUGGAACGAAAGUCAGCCGUACCUUCAGCUACCUCAGGAAUAAAAUGUCCAGCAGUAAGAAGAGCAAAGAGAAAGAUAAAGAUAAAGAGAAACUGAAGGAACGGGAUAAAGACACCAAGGAAAAAGACAAAGAUAACAAGAUACUAAAUGGCCAUCUCUUCAGUGCCAUCUCAACCGUGGGUCCCAUCAGUUGUUACCACUGUCUCAAGCCCUUCAACAAAGAUUCAUUCGUCUGUGCAAAUUGUGGUGCCAUUGUCCAUAAAAGCUGCAAAGAAAGUGUGGCUGCUUGUGCUAAGGUCAAAAUGAAACUCCAGAAAAACCCAAGUGGUCUUCAGCCUCACGAUACUUCUUCAUUGCCCACAGUAAUUAUGAGAAAUAAGAGUUCUCAGCCAAAAGAGCGACCCAGAUCAGCGAUUCUUGCUCUUGAUGAGAACAUAACGACUUCAGUGUUCAAUAGUAGGCGAUCCCAGCAGAACCUGUCCCUUUCAAAGAGUGUUUCCAUUCAGAACAUUGCUGGAGUCGGAAACGAUGAAAGUAUCCUUCAUACGCGGAAAUUUCUUUCCCAAUCAACAGACUCCUUGAAUAAAAUCAGCCGGGUAAAUGAAUCCAUGGAAUCGUUAACAGAUGAAGGUAAGUGACCCUGUUGGGGAAAUAACUAGCUUGGCUGUAGGAGAAAAGCUAAAGGACAUUAGGAGAGGAAAGAAUGCUUUCACACAUGCUAAAUUCUCUGCACGAAGAAGAUUAACUAAAAAAAAAGUGUUACCAUAGAUCUCUUUUUAUUCAACUAAAAUAAUGGAGAAACCGUUGCUUAUUCUGCAACGUUCUGAUAUGGACGGCCAGACUCUAACAUUUAGCAUCCUUCACCAAUAGCCAUAUGGGUUGGUACUGCUUGGAGUUGAUGUCCACCGAUGGUUGGAGGGCGGUCUGCUGCUUCCUUAGCUGUAGAUCAUUGUUUCCAAACCUGGUAGACUUCCAACUUUCCCAGCCAGCCUUGCUCUUGUUUGGAACUCUGGGAACUGAAGUCUAGAUCCCUAGAAAUAAUCCAUGUAGGACAUAUUGCUCUAAACUGAAGCAUUUGCUACAUUCUACACUGUACAUAAAAGGCUCUUGCUUACAGAGGAGUGGUGCGGUGGCCUAGAGGGGGAGCUCUCGCCUCACAAUCAAGAGGCUGUGAGUUCGAUCCUAGGUAGAAGUAGAUAUUUCUCCCUCUGGAUGCUUAGAAUAUAUCUGCCAAACAAAACUCUGCAUUGGCGACAGGAAGGGCAUCUGGCCAUUCAAACACUCCGCUAGCUCCAUUCAGUUGCCCAGACUCCAUCCCACAAGGGAAUAUGGGGUCGUUAAAUGACCAUAAUGAUCUAGUUGCUUACAGAGCAAGUAAACCUUACACUGGACUGCAGCGUGUAACAAGAAGGAUACUUUGGGCAUAGCAA